ACUUCCCAUGUCACAUAGGUCCACAUAUUGUCAGUCUACACUCACAGGGAAGAGGAGCGCCAAACUCAGUCCUUCUCUCAACACACACACACACACACAGAACAUACCGUUUCUGUCUUUCAACAUCAGGAGACCGUCAUCAUCAUGUGGAUCUCUGUGUUUCUGAUCAGCUCGACCCUUCACAUUACUGCAGGAAAUGAAGGCUGUACUCUGUCAGGCACUAACCAUCCACUGCAGGAGAUCACUGCAUUCACAGGCCAGUCUGUUCUCCUGCCCUGCUCCUGUACUGUACAUCAGUUUGAUACUCCCAGACUCACCUGGACUAAAUUCACCCUAGGUCAGGAGCCUGUGAUAUUAACCCAGAGUGAUCUCUACAUAGACAGAGUGGAGCUGUUAAAUAGAAAACACCCUGGGAACCUCUCUGUCCUCCUCUCACACCUCACUCAGGAUGAUCAGGGAGAUUACAGAUGUACAAUCAAGGAUAGUGACAACUGGGACAUAGAGAGGGACAUCAGACUCUAUGUUAAAGGCUGCAGUUUGUCAGACUCUAACCAACUGGAGAUAGUUCGAUCCCCGGGCCAGUCUGUGCUCCUGCCCUGCUCCUGCAAUGAACUCCAGGCUAAACCUCACAAACUGACAUGGACUAAACUCCCCGCUAUACCAUUAACCAAGCGUGAUCUCUACAGAGACAGAGUGGCAAUGUUUAAUACUGAGAGCUCUCCAGGGAACCUCUCUGUCCUUCUCUCAUUCAUCACUAAGGAGGAUCAGGGGUGGUACAGGUGUAGAAUCAACAACCAAGACACUAGAGACAUACAUAUCACUGUUGAAGGAACAGACACAGUGAGGACGUCAGGAGAAGCUCCAUCUGCAUCCUCUCUGCAAAACAAUACAAUCCAAUACGUCUUAAUGGCUGUCCUACCAGUCAUACUGAUCAUCGCUGGAAUGGCUUUGUACAUAUACAAGAGAAACAAAAGAAAGAAAACCACAGGGAAUAAUAGUAGAGGGAGCAAAACAGGAGGAGAGAAUAAUGACGAGGAUGAUCCUACUGCAAUGUAUUCCAUGGUUGCGGACAGAAACACUGGUUUAAGCAUCAACACAACACCACGUAGUGCACUAGAUGAUCCCAAUGCAAUGCAUGCUACGGUUCAACACAGAAACGCCAACCAAGAGGAUACAACUACACCACUCAGUGCUCCAGAUGAUCCCUCAGUGAUAUACUGCACCAUCGUCCACAUGACAGGAAAAGGGAAGGCAGCAGUGAGUCUGGAGAACAGUGGAGAAAUAGAGUACGCCAGUAUCAAGACAGGCAGAUCCUCCUAGAGGCACUAUACAAGGCUCACAGCCUUAUAAUAUAGAGAGAUCUCUAACAGUAUUGUGCCCAGUAUCAUGAGGCUUUAUCUGGCGCACUUAACUAUAAAUAUAUUUCACUCUCCAAUAACACAUGUUUAGUGGUUAACUGGGCACAGGAAAUCAGGGGCGGGUUUACCUAUGCUAACAUAUGGAAUUGUUUUAAGAUGGUGAUACUAUCGUUUAGCUACUUUUUUUUUUGUGAAGCAGAGACAUGCAAAGUGCCUUGAAUGGCUCGUGAUUUACCUAGUUCCCUUUUUAUAUUGCUGUUUUGUAAUAGAGACGGAUGACUUCAGCCAUUUAAAAAAAAAAGGGAGAUGUGGUUUGAUGUGUACAUCUUUCGCAAUCACUAUUGCAAGAGGUUUCAUUGGUGGCUAUUCAAACUGAUAUAUCACCCAUUUUAACAUAUGAAUCUUAUCUUUCUGCCAAAUAGCUGGUACACCUUGAAGAAUUCAUAAUCCUUGAAGUUGACAACAAAAAUGUAAAAUGUUUGUAUUUUUAAGCCUAAGUUUGUUACAGCCAACUAUCUUCGUAAAAACAACCUAUUGUCGAAACCAGUCAGUUAGCUACUUCCUCUUUGGUCUAAUGGACAAAUCACAAAUUGUUGUAUUCCUGAACAAGAAAAGCACUCUAGCAAUGUCAUCAACUGAAGCAAAUGCUUUUAAAGUGCACAACUAACAGGGAAUGUCAUGUUAAAGUGUGUAUGUUUCUGUACAGACAGUAUCUCCAUUUGACAAAGUCAGAUUUUCCAAUUACUUACUUCAGCACACUCCCACAGACCACAAACAGAUGGCCAUCUACAGUAUCUUUUGCAAUAUACAAAUAUACAGAUAUUUCAGGGUAUUUUUUAAAGCUAGUGACUUUUCCUUUUAAAGAUGAUAAUAUUAACAUGCUGAUGUAGUAGACGCUUUUAUCCAAAGCGACUAACACGAAGUAAACAUAUUUAGUAGCCUAUAUGUAGCCCAUGGGCAAGUGGCUAACCUUGUGGAUGUUGCUAACCCUAUGCUGAUAAACUUCACAAAACAAGUGUGAAUUAACUGUUUUUGCCUUUCUAUUAAACAUUGUGUGGAAUCUUUA